AUGGGACAAGGCUACUCCCUCACCACCCUGUCUGCGGGGUCCGCGGGGAUCGAUGUGCCCGAACUCUCCGAUCUGGUGUAUGAGAAGUCGAUGGGAGGUGGCAGGUUCAUGAAGAGCAUUCGUGCCAGGCAGUCAACUGGCUUGGUAUUCGCCAAGGUCAUCAUGAAACCAUUCCCAACUAUGGAGCUUGCGCCGUAUAUCAAAGCUAUCACGAGAGAACGCAAAUUGUUGGCGGAUGUACCGAAUGCUUUAAGUUACCAGAGGAUUCUUGAGACUGGCACGAGUGGAUACCUUGUACGCCAGUACAUCCACAGCUCUCUCUACGAUCGAAUGAGUACACGACCUUUUCUAGAGCAUAUUGAGAAAAAGUGGCUUGCCUUCCAGCUGUUGUGCGCUCUUCGGGAUUGCCAUUCGCAGGACAUCUACCAUGGUGAUAUUAAAACCGAGAACGUCCUGGUAACGGCUUGGAACUGGCUAUAUCUUUCCGAUUUCUCAUCGUCGUUCAAACCUACAUUCCUGCCUGAGGAUAAUCCAGCUGAUUUCUCCUUCUUCUUUGACAUAUCCGGGAGGCGAACCUGUUACAUAGCGCCCGAACGGUUCUCUGUUGCGGGGGAAGAACCGAACGGAAGCGGCGUCAAUUGGGCAAUGGACAUCUUCAGCGCCGGCUGUGUGAUCGCAGAACUCUUUCUUGAAUCGCCGAUCUUCAACCUAAGCCAAAUGUAUAAAUACCGCAAAGGGGAGUACAGUCCAGAACACAGCCAACUAGCACAAAUCGAUGAUCCAGAUAUCCGGGAGUUGAUCCUGCAUAUGAUCCAACUUGAACCAGAGUCUCGAUACUCUGCGGAUGAAUAUCUCAACUUUUGGAAGGGCAAGGCCUUUCCGGAAUACUUUUACAGUUUCCUCCACCAAUACAUGUCCCUCAUGACUGAUCCAUCUUCUGGAAGAACCCGAGUGGAUGCCGAAUCUGCCAAUAGAGUGGAAGCAGAUGAACGGAUCGAGAGAAUUUACCUGGACUUCGACAAAGUAUCUUAUUUCCUCGGUUCCAGCAUCCGCGGGGUCGCGGCGCCAACUAAGAUCCCAGUCUCCAAGUCGACAGGCAACACUCUUCCUGUGAGACUUGAUAUGCUCCACGAAGAAACCCAGAUACUAGCACCGCAGCCGCAGCCGCAGCCAGAAGAGGGUGCUCUGAUUUUCCUAACACUGGUGGUUUCCAACCUCCGAAAUACAGCCAAGGCAUCCGCUCGCAUUAAGGCCUGCGAUAUUCUCCUUGCAUUUGCAGAGAGGCUGUCAGAUGAAGCCAAACUAGACCGCGUUCUUCCCUACAUCAUGAUUCUUCUAAACGAUCGCACAGACGCCGUCAAGGUUGCCGCUAUCCGCACCUUAACCCAAUUACUGAAGAUGGUUCAGGUUGUUUCUCCAGUCAAUGCUUAUCUUUUUUCCGAGUACAUUUUUCCCAGGCUUCAGCCAUUUGUUGCUUCUUCAAGCAGCAAAUCGAGCCCCAUGGUGCGCGCCGCAUAUGCCUCGUGUAUUGCGUCCUUGGCUCAGUCGUCCUUGAGAUUUUUGGACAUGAUCCAAGCGUUGCGGUCCGACACGCGUCUGGCAGCAUUGAUUCCGGUUGGAUUUGAGUCCCGGUGGACUGAGGAUGCGACUUAUCACAACCUCUAUGACGUGGCUCGGGUCGAUCUUCUUGAGUACUUCGAAGUUCACACGAAAGCUCUGUUAACAGACACGGAUACGUCAGUUCGGCGGGCUUUUCUGGGCUCCGUGUCCAGCCUCUGUGUCUUCUUCGGUAAUCUCAGAGCAAAUGAAGUUGUUCUUAGUCACUUGAAUACCUACUUGAACGAUCCGGACUGGAUACUGAAAUGUGCCUUCUUCGAGGCCGUAAUCGGUGUCGCCGCCUACGUGGGCAGUCUGAAUCUGGAACUCUACAUAUUGCCGCUGAUGGUGCAGUCUAUGACCGAGCCAGAGGAGUUUGUUGUUGAAAGAGUCAUUCGAUCUCUUGCAGCUAUGGCUGACUUGGGCUUGUUCCAACGAUCAACGACUUGGGAUCUCUUGAAUACGACUGUAGGAUUCUUGGCGCACCCAAACAUUUGGAUUCGGCAGGCCGCAGUGAAGUUCGUGGUCAAUUCCGCCAAGUUUCUAUCAGUGGCGGAUAUUCAUUCUGUCCUAACACCCAUCAUCCGCCCUUUUCUUAGGAUCAAGAUCGUUGUGUUUUCAGAGAUCAAUCUGCUUGAUGCCCUCAAACGCCCGAUGUCCCGGAGCGUGUACGAAAUGGCCCACCUCUGGGCUUCUAAAUCGGAGAAGGGCGUAUUUUGGAAAUCGACGAGCCGGGAUGGCAUGUUCGGCCUAUCUGAGCCUGGGUCAUUUAGCUCUCGCAUCGGUCAACGGAAUCCGUCUUUCAAUAUGGCUGCCCAGUCUAGAAAUGACGAGGAUGAACAAUGGCUCGGUCGACUAAUGAACCUUGGGAUGGGCUCCGAGGAUGAGUUCAAGCUUCUCGCUCUUAAGGACUAUAUCUGGCGGGUUUCAUUGCGCCAAUCUAGAGAACCCGAUGCUAGCGCCAUGCCGCCCUCAAACGAAAUCGUCAGUCUGAUACAACACGGAGUAAAGCCUCAGACCGUGUUCUUCGAUAAGGAGAUCAAGGAUCAGUCGAGACUCACGUCCUUGGAUUCGCACGAUGGCAACGUCGAUGAUCUGAGACCAAGAACGAUCGCAGAUGCUUUGCUUGACGCUUCUACGACCAUUGAGCGAGCGCCCAGUGCCCAUCGCAAGCACUUGCGGACGAAAAGCCAACUUUCAAAAGAAACAAGAUGGUCAUCUGGUUUUCCUAUACGGGAUGGAAAUGAAUCAUCUCCUUUAUCGUCAUCUCCAAUGGCAUCAUCACCUGUCGCAGGACCUGGAUCUCGUCCAUUGUCCCCUCCGAAUCUUGAUGAUGAUCGGAGGCUUUCCAGUCGCCGACCUAGCCCUGGACAGGAUGGGUCAUUGACACCAACCAACUCAGACACCAGGAGUCUAUCUGACCGGGUUCACAAAAGAUCUGCCGCGAUCAAUCUGUUGAACCGCAAAGAGUCUGCUAAAGCCUACGCCGAAACUGGCACAAGCUCCGCCAAUGCUUUUGGCAAAGUUGAUGCACCAGUCCAAAGGGGAGGCACACCCAGACCAUCCACCCCGUUGCUUUCCGAUGACCACAGAACCAGCCAGACAGUCUCACAAAAGUAUCGCGGUCACCAUUCGUAUGGGGGCACCGAUCCUGCGGUUCUACGACUCCUAGACAACGUCUUCGAGGAGAACUACCCGACAGAUCUGUUUGACCUGGGACCAUUUGUAAAAGAAGUAGACGCCCGUCAACCGAUCCGCAGCGCCACUGAUCAAGAACCAAGUAAAAUUUGGAAGCCCGAAGGGAACUUGGUCGCGACAUUUGGUGAGCACAGUGGCCCAAUCAACCGUGUCGUGACAGCACCAGAUCACUCCUUCUUUGCUACCGCCUCUGAUGACAACACGGUGAAGAUUUGGGAUACCACUCGUCUCGAAAGAAACUUGACCCCUCGAUCCCGCCAGACCCACCGUCAUGCAGCAGGCUCGCGUGUGAAAGCAUUGACAUUUGUCGAGAAUACUUAUACUUUUAUCAGCGCGGCCACUGAUGGUAGCAUCCAUGCCGUUCGAGUCGACUACCAGAAGGUCGGUCAAACGGCUAUUCGAUACGGCAAGCUCCAACUGGUUCGCGAAUAUCAGCUCCCCGUCGCCAAAGACGGGUCACCCGAGUACGCUGUUUGGAUGGAGCACUUCCGUGACGAAGGCCAGUCUACCCUGAUUGUUGCGACUAACACUUGUCGCAUCAUUGCACUGGACAUGAAGACCAUGCUGCCGGUUUAUAUAUUGGAAAAUCCAGUCCAUCAUGGGACCCUAACUACGUUCUGUUGCGAUCGCAGGCACCACUGGCUACUGGUCGGCACUACUCACGGGAUCCUCGACCUCUGGGAUCUUCGUUUCCGGGUGCGGUUAAAGGCAUGGGGUCUUCCAGGCUGGGGCGCUAUCAAUCGCAUCCAACUACAUCCCGUCAAAGCCCGUGGGCGAUGGGUUUGCGUAUCAAGCAGUGGCAGCCACGGUAAUGAGAUCACAGUAUGGGACAUCGAAAAGUUCCGCUGUCGCGAGGUCUACCGAGCGACUCCACUGGGCGUCGGCAAUAAUGCCCCCAACGGCGCACAUCAUCCUUCUCGGGCCCCUCACGCUUACCCAACACCUGUCGCCCCGAGUGACUACGAGGCGUGGCAGGCCGAUGGCGACCGGCCAGAGGGGAUGCUGAGCCGGUUUGCCACGAAGGGCGUUGACCCAAGUACCCCAUCCUCCAAUAACCCAGCCGGCGAUCGACUCGGCAUCUGGGCGUUUGCGGUCGGUCUCAAUGCCCCUGACGAAGACAAAGACUCGAGCACGAGGUGUGGGUACAUCAUUUCCGCCGGUUGUGACCGGAAGAUCCGUUUCUGGGAUCUCGCUCGCCCUGAUCUAUCCUCGAUAGUCAGUGGGCUCGAUGUCGUAUCGGAUGGCAGUGCCAGUGGUAAGCCGCGUUACGAGCAGUCUCAGCCGGGACCGAAUCUCUUGGUAACUACUGAGCACCUCCCCAGCUCGUCUAGCACUGGUAGUUCUCGAGAUGCCAGGAAAGGAGCCACUCCGAGACCACCCCGUAGCACCGUCAUUAGUUUGCAGCAGCAGAUGUUGCUGAAGAGCCAUUUGGAUAUCAUCCAGGAUGUGGCGGUCUUGCGUGUGCCUUUUGGUAUGGUUGUGAGUGUCGACCGUGCGGGUAUGGUCUACAUCUUUUCUUAG